AUGGCUCCCAGAAACGGAGUCAUCGGAUUCUCGAUGGCAGGGCCUCCGGCCGCCAAGUCUCCCGCCGCCGCCGCCCCCUCAGCUCCUGCUCCUCCUCCUCCUCCCACACUACCACUGCCACGGCCACCGCGGCCACUGCAGCAUGACCCUCCGACCUGCUCCUCCUCCUCCUCCUCCUCCUGCUCUUGCUCCAGCUCCUGCUCCCACUCCUGUCCCUGGUCCUGGUCCUGGUCCUGGUUCUGCCCCUGCUGUCGUCGACGAUCCCAUGGACUGGGAGCAGACCGGGGACGAAAUGGAGUGGAUAUACGACCGGACCGAGUUUUACUGGACCCCGUGGGACCGGCCGCGCCGGAUCCUCUGGGUAGAGCCGUGGCCGUGGUGGCUGUGAGCAGACAGCAACCUCUACCUACUAUGUCACAAUCUACGUCGUCGACUUCGCCACAGCCACAACAACCUCUACCUAGUAUGUCACAAUCUACGUCUUCGACUUCGUCUUCGUCACAGCCACAACAACCUCUACCUAGUAACCCUCUGCAAGCUCUGCAAUGUUCUCUAAUAUCCGGCAAAUUCUCCGAUCUGACCAUCGCACACAGUACUAGGCGUUGGAAAGCCCACAAAGUCGUCAUUUGUUCGCAGUCACCUGUUCUUGAGGCUAUGAUCGAGCAUCUUCCCCCGACUGUCUCCAUUCUCUACCUCGACGACUACGACCACGAAGCCGUCUGUUCCAUGAUGGAGUACCUAUACUCGACCAAUUACGAUACAAUCGACCACGAACCCGAUUUCUCAUUACCUCGUCACAUCAAAGUCUUCUGUCUCUCUGUCAUGCUCUCGAUCUCCGGUCUGGAAGACCUCGCUGCGAAAAAGUUUGGAUCCACUCUUCUCACUCAUGUCAAGGACCUCGAUGUCUACUUCAGAUCUGUCAAAGACAUCUACGACUCUACUACUUCCGAGCAUCCUGCCUUACGUCUCAUUGUCAUCGAAGCGGCGGUCACCGAACUUCCCAAUCUUAUCAACGAGUCUCGCUUCUUCGAUCUCAGCAGUGCGGUCAAGGGCUUCCAGGCGGAUAUAUACCUCUUCUUGAUGAACCAUCCUUCAAGACCUAUUCAGACGGAAACGGAGUAUGUGUUUGCUGAGCUUUGUGACGAAUGCGGACCAAGAGCGGAUGAUGACGGUUAUGAGGUUUCGACUGAAUGCAAGGGCUGCGGAAAGGUGAAAACACUGGAGUUCUAUUAGGGUUGCGCUUACUUGAUUUCCUCUCAUGUACAUAGCUUUCUGCUUUUCCGGUUGUGCUCUUAGAUAUGUGGAACAAUAGAGCACAUAUUAGAUUUCUCCUCUCUGCC